AUGGCUACAAGAAUAUUCAGUACAACACCGUUAUUACUUUGCAUAAUUUGCGUGGCUCGCGCAGUAGCCUUGGAGUCUUCAGCGGCGGCGGUGAAAGCGACCAACAGCGCGGCAGUGACAGGGAAUAUUACUACAACGACUGAGGGAGCUGCCACCGCCAUAACCUCCACAAAUGCGCCCCCUAAUACACCUCAAGUGCCGCGACUGGUGCACGCCGAUGAGUCCACUGCGCGCGCGCAGCCAGCCGACGAAGGACGCGCGGUCACACCAGUUGGCACAAACGAUUUAGACGGGCGAAGCGCCUACAUUAACAAUCAGUAUGUGCCGGAUGGCGAAACGCUGCCAUACAACGAUACAGCGCCGCCACUCUAUCAACUGCUGCAGGAGCAAAUGGAACAUAUAAUCGCUACAAGUAUGCCGAGUGAGUAUCGCUUAGAUGAUAAUGCAGUGACGAGCGAUACCACAGCGAAUGGCGCUAUUGGCAAGGAGAUGAGCGGUUAUGGUGCGCCAGCGCUACAAACGAAUGCAAAUAGUCCAGUGUUUGCAUAUGGCGCGACAAACUUCGAGGAAGACGAUGACAUGAUAGGUCCUUAUCGCAAAGGUGAGGCGGAGAAGUAUUAUCAUGGCACAGCGGGCACAAAACCGAGCACAAUGGAAUUGCCAAAGCCGAUGACAAUGGGUGGCGCGUCGAAGGUGCAUAGCGGCGGCACGCGUCCAAAGUUACCGUCGAGAGCAGCAACAAAAACAACAACCACCACCAGCACUACCGCAGCACCGUUACACUUAACGGGCGGUUAUGGUGUACAGUUGCCGCAGCCCUCAAGCGCAACCACAACAACAACGCAGCAGUUUAAGCCACACGUUGUGUCAAGCGGCUAUGGAGCUGCUAUGCCUAGCUACAAACCACAAAUCAAGGAAGAAUAUUUCGCUGCACCAAACAAGUACAGUUAUGUGCAUCAAAAUAGCACUGUGCAUAUGCGCAAGCGUCGCAUCACCUUCAAGACGGUUGCGUCUGCCUCACAGAUCAUCUCAACACCUUUGGCAGAUUUGAUGUUCAAAUAUUCGAUUGGCGUAGCGAAACCAUCAAUGUCGGCCGGCGGCAGUUCCUUGUACGAGCAGGAGGAAGAGCCAAUACAAAAUUCGAUCUCGACAGUAUAUAAUGAUAAUUUGGAUCUACCGAAGCGUACCUACGCGGGAAAGAUUUCUCACAGCAGUCAUCGAAAGAAUUAAGAAUUACUUACAUAGUUAAAAGUUUUAGGAAUA